AUGGGAUCUGACAACGCGUCGGAGGGAGAAGCACGGACCCACACAAGCGCAUCGCCGAAGCUGACACAGAUGGACGAUCCUGCAGCCAAGCGGGCGUUCCUUGCGUCGCUGCCGUGCGCGCCUGAUGAAGCCCUCACGGCGUUGCAAUCCGUACAGGAUGUUUGGUGGGUUGCGGCUGCCUCUGUGGCGGCGAUCCGUAUGGGCACAGACUGGCACGCGUCUGACGCUGUACGUGUCGUGACGUACGCGCUAGAGCAGGCCACCUCGCUGGAUGAGGACGUGUAUGCACAGCUGAAAGAAGCCAAGCAAGCCUCGUCGGCAGCGCCUGACGCGUUUCUUGCGUGGCUCGAUGCUGAGCCGGAGCGCGUGCAUCGUGUGCUCUUACGUCGUAAAUUGUGGCACAUGCUGUGGCUACUAAGCAUUCCUCUAGCUUCCUCCAAAACCGCGACGGUGCACGUGGACAUGGCAUCGCUCGCCGAUACACCCUUGCUUGAUCAUGCGCGGCACUUGUGCUUAGCCGGCAAUGCCCGUGGUCUUCUCGCGCUGGUGGGCGCUCACGCCACCGUCGCUCGAUCUCUCUUCCCACACAGGUUCGCGCUCCUACAUACCCUGUUAACAGCCGGCGGCGUAGCCCCUGCUUCGUUGGCGCAAUGGCGGCUCCUGCCUGGCACGCGUAUGCCGGUGGAAGAUCGUGAGAGUGGGAUCUGGGUGGAUGCUUUGGCCGCGCCUACGCCUUCCAGUCCGAUGGCCGCGGCGUUGUGGGUCGAGCACCCGAUAGUUGUCACAGCGCUGGCCCAGCGCUCGGCAGCGACGCACCCUGUGGUGCCGCCUCCCCCCCCGCCCGCGCUCCUGGAUUGGUACACGGAUGUGGUGCAAGAACUGGAGGAGCAUUGGGGCCUUGUCGAUGCCGCCUCGGCGCUGGCGCAGGCAGGUGUGCGUCUCGGGCUGGUCUCGCUGCAAAGGCUUGCACAAGAGCUGGACUUUUUGCAUAUGUUGGUCUACCAAUUGGGCCUACGAACAUGGCGUCUCUCGACGCUGCGGCACGCGUCGCUAGCGAGUUUGGUCUCGGGGAUGACCGCGCAGUCACACCAUCCACGGCCGCCUGCUGCGCUGGCGUCUCUCCUUCACGAGUCUCUCUUACCGUACAUCCAAGCCUCCAGCCCGCACCGUACCGAUACCAUGCCGAGCGAGAGUGCGAUGGGCGUCGAGAUGGCACUGGAUGUAUGGGAGGCACGGGGGGCGGCUCCUGCGCUGCCGAUCGUGCAUGCCAUGCUCCAACGUACGUGGAUCGCGCGCGAGGAUCAAGUACGUCUGACAUUGGCGCUUCUUGGCGCGAGUGACGAGGCGAGUGCGUCGGCGUACACGCACUACGCUGCGCUCCUGGCGACUGUGCCGAGUGACGACGCGAUGCCUGUAUCAUUCUCGCCGCUCGUUCGUGUCCUCGCGCCGCAGCUCCCGCUCUCUGCACGUGCAUUGUGGGACGCCUUGGCCAUGGCAUCGCCGCCGAUGCUGGACGAUGCGUGGCGUAUCCUGCGUAUCUACGUCGAGGUCGGCCGUGUGUGUACGCAGCAUGGCGCGCCGUUAUCGCCACAGGCGUGUUGGCGUGGCGCAUUCACGACGCCGGCGCAGACAGCUUCGCUGGCCAAGGCCUUGGUCCAGCAUACGCUGCAGCAUCAUCGAGGCCGCGAGCGCCCGGCGAUGGAGUCGCUGUGUGCGGCGCUAGCGCCAUGGCUGGGCGAGCCGCCGCGCAUGCCCCCUUCGUUGGUACGUGCGUUGUUCCGUCAGCUGUUACUGGCGCGUGAGCCGAUCCUGUUCAACGAAGUGGUCUCGCGCCUGCCUCAUACGUGCCCGACGGUCGCUACGUACCUUACGGCGGACGAGGCGGAAGCCCUGGUGCUUGAAACGACACACGCGUGGAUCGCCCAGGCAACGACGUGCGAUCCCUUGCAUGGCCCUCUGCUGCGGGCGCGCGAGACGCUCGAUGCCGCGCCGCAUACCGAGGCGAUUCGUCGUGAGUUAGCCUUCCUUGCGUUGGUCGGUCAGCUGCAUACGUACGCGCUCCCCUCGCUGUCUCCCUCGGAGCCAGGGUCGCUCACGCCUCAGCAAGUUCGGGCGAUGCCUCAUAAGCUCGAGUUGCUGGCUCGUGUGUUAUCGCUGCACACCGAUGCCUACCGUGCGCCGCACAUUCUCGAUGUCGGCCGCGCAUGCUCCGAGGCGCCUGACGACGAUGUACGUGUCGCCGCGAUGUUAGCUGAUGCCGCAGCGGCCAGUGGCGAUCUUCGUGCGGCGCGGGCGCAGUGCGAUCAGCUGGUCGUGCACACACGCGCUCUCUCGCGCACCGAGCAUGCGGCUGCGUGGGACGUCGCGUGGCGCACAUGCUUCCAACUGGCCAAGCACCCACAAUGGACCGAUGCGCGUGCACGCGCCUCGGUGCUGGGCCAAGCACUAACGCUCGCGCCUCCCGAGCACAUUCCUACCGUCUUGCAGGCGUGGCAGGAGUGGGCCCCUUUCACAGGCGCUCCGUCGCUCUCGACCUCGGCCAUGUCGCGCCGGGCGGACCGCUCCACGUCGUUGGCACGGCUGCUGACGCGCCCUGCGAUUGCGUCUGUGUCGACUUCGCACGCGCCGCCGCGCGGUCGUACCGCGCAACUUUUCGAUAGCGUCGCUGAGCAGCAUGCGCCGCAAGCUGCGCAGCUCGCGCGCCAGCUGCUGGGCAACUUUAGUGCGGGCUGGUGGGGCGACGACAAAGCCUCUCGCUCCUGA